GAAAGAGCGGUCCUCUACGCCGUAGUUAGCUACGACGCUAUUAAAUUCACGUAGCUGUCGCGUAGUAACUUUGUUCGUAGAGUUAAGGUAACUGUAAUUUUUAGUAAAAAUGUUAAUGUAAGUAUGUAAUGUACAAGUAAUAAAUGUGUGUUGAGUGUAAAAUAAAGUGAGUGACAUUAGGGGAGGGUGGCUGAAUAGUGUACGGUAACCUACUUAAUGCUUCGUUAUACACCGGAGGUACCGCAAAACUUAUGAGACGAUGCGGCAACAUGGGCCGAAGUGGUAGUGUCAUGGAGUUGUCAGCAGUAUUGCUGGUGCUCCUCCACCUGUCAAUACACGUCGUGGACGAGGGACUAGCCGUCAAUCCGAGUUGCACUUGCAUCCGUUUCACGUCAACGUACGGCAAGGAGCGUGGCACAUUCAGCAGCCCCGACUACCCGCGCCCCUACCCUGCCAGUCUCGACUGCCUGCUUUACACCUUCCUCGCUGCGCCUCACGAAAUCAUUGAAAUAGUCUUCACUGAUUUUGAUAUCUACAAGGAGCAUCUUGAUUGCGUUCGUGGAGACUAUCUAAAAGUGUAUUGGGAGGUCCAAGGACCAGGACCGCCUGGAGCUGUCAAUGAGCGGUCAGCUUGGGCUAGAGAGCUGUGUGGCAGUAGAUCGGAUGCUCCUCCAGCUCUUUACUCCCCUGGGCCUGCACUAGUCCUCGAGUUCCACUCUGGUCCACGACAGAACAAUGCUACGGGAUUCGUUGGCACGUACAGCUUUAUUGAUAAACGAUUAUUCGAGAUAGACGGUGUUCGUCUAUCGGGCACUGACUGCGACUACCAAUUCAGCCGGUCAGGCAACCGACCGACACACGGUCGACUCUACAGCCCGCAAUACCCCUCCAUCUAUCCGAAUAAUGUGCGAUGUUCGUAUUAUUUUCAUGCAAGGCCCAAAGAACGUGUGAAGGUAGUGUUCGAAGAAAUCUCUCUCCAGAAAGGUGAUAUAAGUUGUCUACGACGGGCGGACAUCAUCAAGGUGUUCGAUGGGAGAGACACCGAUGCACCCACGAUUGCCAUGCUAUGUAAUGAGCUUACAGGUUACGAGGUGCUGUCAACAGGACCAGCAUUGCUGCUGCAGUUCACAGCUAAUUCCGCAUCUCCGGGACAGGGCUUCGCUGCCACGUUCCAUUUUCAACCUCCUCCAGAUUCAACAGCUGCAGAUUCAGAUCGUCUACUGAAGCUGAGCUUUGGGAAGGCUUUCGAAUCCUUAGGUCCUGAAGUGAGCGCUACAACAUCAUCUUGUCACCAAGAAUUCAACAGUGAUGGAACUAAGCACGGCACGCUCACAUCACCGCACUAUCCGUCGCCGUACCCCCCGAACACCCAUUGCCACUAUGAAUUUUUUGGCAGAGGCAAAGAAAGAGUUAGACUAGUAUUUCAAGACUUCUAUUUGUAUAAAUCUGCAGAUGGUUCUUUAGAUUGCACAAACGUGGAUUCAAUGCAAGCUUUUAUCAACGUAGACGGAAGAUUAGAAAAAGUGGAAACGUUCUGUGGCGUCGACCUACCCAAGCCGAUCAUGUCGAACGGGCCGAAGCUAAUGCUCGAAUUCCGAGGAACACACUCCUCCAGAUACGCUAGAGGAUUUAAGAUCUCUUACUCAUUUGUAGAAAAUUUUGGCAUAACAUCAGGAAGACAGUUAAAAGAGUUUCCUUGCGCCUUCGUGUACAACAGCACUGAAGCUCGUAAUGGUACCUUCGCGUCUCCCAACUCUCCCGGACCAUACCCUCGUGACACCGAGUGUACUUACUUCUUUCAUGGCGGGGAGACAGAGAAAGUGCAUCUACAUUUUACGAAUUUCGAUGUUGAGGGGGUUUUACCAUGUGAAGCUGUAUCAGCAAGUGAUUACGUCGAAUUUUCAAACUACAUGACUGAGGACAACCUGUACGGCCGAUACUGUGGCCAGAUGAAGGAGUUCCAUGUAGAAUCUGAGAGGAAUUUCUUCAAAGUAACAUUUCGCUCCAAUGAUCGCCUGGACGGUACAGGCUUCAAAGCUAUCUACCAGUUUCUUGACAUCAGUGAUGAGUAUCGGGCCCCGAUGCAAGAUGAGGCUUCUAAUUCUGUGUGUAUACUUGGAAAUUUCAUGGUGCUAGUCGCUACGAUACUCCCACAUCUGCAUCACCAACUAUAUCAUUAACUAAAGUGAUAUUAGAUUAAAUUAAUAGUAUAUACUCCUGUAUAUUUUGUAUUAUAGUAUGUGCCAUACACUUGUAAUUUAAUGUAGAAGCGCAAUAUUUUCUAUAAAAUUGUAAUUUCAGUUUCCUUCCUUACAUAUUAUAGCAAUACCGUAUGAAACA